AUGGCUGAAAGUCUAAAAAAUUAUAUGGAAAAGUUGGACGAUUUGCCACCAUCCAUCUGCAAAAAUGCCCAAGAAAUUCGUGAAAUCGACGAGAAGGUAGAAAGAAUGUCUAAAGAAAUUCAACAACGGCUUGAGUUCCAUGUGCGAAAUGUGAAAAAGCUUAGCAAUGAACAUCGAGUGAAGCUCUACAAAGAAACUCAGGCACUGUUCAAGGAGGUUGACAAGCUCAGUGACAGAAAAGUCAAAAUAGCGCAAAGGAUGUAUGAUACGGUCGACAAUCACAUUAAGGAAAUGGACGAGGAAAUCGCCAAAUUUCACGAAUAUCAACGCAAAAAAUACGAAGAAGCUCAGGCAGCAAAAGAAGCUACUCGAGACGACGCACAGGAUAAAUCGGUCAAAUCUUUGAAGAAACCCAAUAAGCGAAGAAAGCGCACGGAUACGAAAAACACGGAAAAUGAGGUCGCAAAUAGCUUCGCGUCUUCUGCAGUGGUACCUCUUGACAUGCCUGUUGAUCCUAAUGAGCCUACGUACUGUAUAUGUCAUCAGGUGUCAUUUGGUCAAAUGGUUGCCUGUGAUGGUCCACACUGUAAGAACGAAUGGUUCCAUUUCCAAUGUGUCGGCUUGACAUCAUCACCUAUCGGCUCGAUCUUUUCAUUUUCGUUUUCCUCAAUCAUUCCUAUUUCUGGAUCACUAAAUGAUUGCUCAAAAGCUUAG